AUGGCCGCAAGCUCUGGUCUGAAAGUGGUGGCCGAUGAAGCAACUGUCGUCACGCCCCUCGAUGUCGAUAGACUGGACAUGCCGACCGACAUUCUGCAAGACUACACAUUCCCGGUUCCUGAAUUCGCAAAGGCCAGGACUUGGCCUAGGGCAGAUGGCGAGCAAAGACCUCUUCCACAAAUCAUAGCCCACCGUGGAUACAUGAGCAAUUAUCCUGAAAACUCGCUGCUGGCAUUCGAGGAAGCCAUCAAAGCCGGCGCUUCUGCCUUAGAGACCGAUGUUCGUCUCACGAAGGAUGGGGUGGUCGUAUUGAAUCAUCAUGGAGACCUCAAGAGGUUCGGCCACGACAAGAAGAUCCUCGACUGCACAUGGGAUGAGAUCAAGGACUUCAGGACUGUGGAUCCACCUCAUGUUCCCCUAGUACGUCUUCAAGACUUGCUGGAAUUCCUUCUUCAACCAGGAAGGACGAAGAUAUGGCUUCUCCUCGACAUUAAACUGGAUGGUAAGGCCGAGAAUGUCAUUCGACUGACUAGGUCCACGAUCGACAGUGUACAGGCACCCCCUGACCUGCCAUGGAACGAACGCAUCUUGAUGGGCAUUUGGGCAGCGAGACAGAUACCUCUAGUAGCCAAGCAUCUACGAGGAUUCUCCGCCAUGCACAUUGGAUACCACCUCGGCCACGCAAAGCGCAAUGUACAGGCCUCUCACAUGGGAGUGGCUCUCAUGAUCUACACAAUGCUGGCUCCGGGCGGAAGACGCUUCGUUAAGGAUUCCAAGACGAGAGCAGGGCCUCCUCCUGUCAUAGCAUGGCCAGUCAGUGAUCAAGAUCAGAUUGAGUGGUGUGCGCGAAGAGGCUUGGAUGGGAUCAUCACCGAUGAUCCUGAGGCAUUAGCAAAGCUCUGGGACUCGUUCGAUGAGGGUGCGAGAAGAUCGAUACUGCCAGUGUCUGUUCGGACUUGUCUCUGGACUUUAUUUUAUUACUUCUGGAUCAACAGCAUGUUUUGGUUGUUCAAGAGGUUGACGCAUUUGGAGGAUGAGGAUGAAGAGAAAGUCGCGGUGGACAGGAAGAAGGAAAAUUGA